UGCACUCGACAAGUAGCACAAGCGACAAGGCGACGCCCUUCUUGCCCGCCUCUCCCUCCAUCUCUUCUCAUAUUUCUCUCGUUCCUCGGCGCUCCCUAUUUCCUUUCUCGGUUUCUUCUUUCUUGCCCAGAAAGCAAGCAAUUCGCCUAGAGAUCUCCGAGGUGAGGAUGCCGGAGCGAUCCAGAGGAUUACUGUAAACCAUUUCUUUCUUCGCGAUCGUUCACGGAGCUCCAUCUCUCCGCCCCUAUUGAGGCUCCACCAAGAACGCGCCACAGAAGGGUUUUCUUCACCAGCAUUGUCGCCUCUGAGCGUUCUUGCCUCUGCAAGCCGUUCGGAAGGCUGUUUGGGUUCUCAAUUUGGUGUCUCCUGGGCUAAUUUGAAGGGUUUCUUGAGAGGUUUUCUCUUCCAAUGGAAACUUGGACCAGUGAUAGUGAUCAGGAUCUUGAAUGGGGUAGUGAUGAUGAAGUCGUGGAUGAGGGCACAAGGCACAGCUCUGUGCCGCCUUCUGGCCCAAGCCAGCCGCCGGUUUCUUCCCAUGAAGCCAUUGCAGGCCAAUCUAAUAAGGCUUGUGAGGAGGGUCCUUCUCGUCCUAGUUUGGUCCGUGAAUUUAUAGUGAUGGGAUUUAAAGAAGACAUGGUGGUUAAAGCAAUUCAGGAAAAUGGGGAAGGUGAUACAGAAGCUAUACUAGAGACACUUCUUACCUAUAAGGCUAUUGAAAAAGCUCCUUCAGACCAUGAAAACUCCCCAAAUGAUUGCUCUUUAUCAAGUGACAGAGAGAAUACAGAUGAAGAUCUUUGUGACAUGGAUGACUUUGAGGAUGAGGAAUUCGCAGAAGAUUUGUCCGAGAAAGAUAGGAAAUUAUUAAUUUUAGUGGAGAUGGGUUUCCCCACAGACAAGGCAUCUUCAGCCAUAGAUAGAUGUGGUCCAAAUGCAUCUCUUUUGGAACUAGCAGAUUCCAUACAUGCUGCACAGAUGGCAGAAGAAUCCGAUUGUCAUCUAAGAGAAUCUCGUAUUUCAGAUUCGACUGAAGAGGGGACUUACGUUUAUGAUUCCCAGAGAGGUAGGAAAAGGAGGUCUCCUGAGGAGACAAAUUACAAGAGGAAACGUUUGCUUUCUGACAGUGAAUCUAUGAUCUGUCUUCCUAAACCGAUGGUUGGAUUUGGUCUCCCAAAUCAGAGGAUGACCCUUGCAAACAGAAAGAUACCUGAGGCAGCUACAGGCCCACCGUACUUCUAUUACGAAAAUGUGGCCCUAGCACCAAAAGGUGCUUGGGAAACAAUCUCACGGUUCUUGUACGACAUUGAGCCGGAGUUCGUGGACUCAAAAUACUUUUGUGCUGCUGCCAGAAAGAGAGGGUAUGUUCACAACCUGCCCAUCCACAACCGAUUUCUUCUUCAUCCUACUCCUCCAAAAACCAUACAAGAAGCCUUCCCAGUGACAAAGAAGUGGUGGCCUUCUUGGGACUACAGGAGACAGUUCAAUUGUUUGCAGACCUGUGUUGCAAGUGCAAAACUGACGGAGAGGAUACGGACUGAGCUUGAGAAGUGUGGCGACCCACCUCCUGAACGAAUACAAAAGUACGUUCUUGAGGAAUGUAGGAGAUGGAAUCUUGUUUGGGUGGGGCGGCACAAGGUUGCACCAUUGGAGCCAGACGAGAUUGAAAUGUUGUUGGGCUUCCCAAGGGAUCACACUAGAGGGGGAGGUAUUAGCAGGAUGAAUAGGUACAAGUCCCUUGGGAAUUCAUUCCAGGUGGAUACAGUUGCUUACCAUCUCUCCGUAUUGAAGGACAUGUUCCCUAAUGGAAUAACUGUAUUAUCACUUUUUUCGGGUAUUGGGGGUGCUGAGGUGGCUCUCCAUCAGCUGGGAAUACAUAUGAAGACUGUUGUUUCCGUUGAGAUUUCAGAUGUAAACAGAAACAUACUUAAGAGUUGGUGGGAGCAAACAAAUCAAACAGGGGAACUAAUAGACCUUUCUGAUGUACAAGAACUUAACGGUGACAAGCUUGAGCAGAUGAUUAACACAUUUGGUGGGUUUGAUCUAGUUAUUGGUGGAAGUCCAUGUAAUAAUCUUUCAGGUAGCAACCGCUAUAGUCGUGAUGGGCUGGAGGGUAAACAUUCAUCUCUUUUUUAUGAUUAUUUUCGCAUCUUAGACCUUGUGAAGUGUAUCAUGGGGAAGAACUUUUGAUUGCACCAUCUCACUUUCUUGUUUUUGGGUCUGAUAAGCAACAGUUAUGUUAGCUAUGUAUUUAAAAUGUUGAAAGAUCAUGAGGAUGUUCUCUUUGAACCUUAACUUGCAUUGCAGAGGCAAAUUAUGUUAUUUAUCCAUGCUUAGCACAAAUAAAUUUCAUGGUUUAAAUUUUGAA